AUGGGGCGCAAGAAGAAGAGAGGCUCUCGCGUCAAGCCCUUCUGCUACUACUGCGACAGAGGCUUCGAUGAUGAGAAAGUUCUUAUUCAGCACCAAAAGGCCAAACACUUCAAGUGCAGCAUUUGCUGCAGAAAGCUCGACACUGCCACCGGCCUCGCCGUGCACCUCUUGCAGGUGACGAUGGCGCCGGCGACUCUGGAGCAUUUCAUUCUGCUGGCGCAGCAGGGGCAGCUGCCGCAGUUCGAGGGGGUGCCUCCCACGCCGGUGAUUCCUGGACUUGCUGCUUCUCUGCCGUCCUUUGGGGCUGGAGGAGCCGCGGCUCCCCCGGCGCUGCCGGCCCCCCCAAAUCUGCAGGGGCUGCUGAGCCAAGCAACAGCUAUGCCUCUUCAGGGCAUGGGGGGGGCCCCUGGGGGCCCCCAGCAGCCACCGCCGUUUGGGUACCCGAUGGGGGCCCCGGGGCCCCAGGGAAUGCUGCAGCCGCCGCAGCAGCAAGGGGGGGCCCCCCCGGCGAUGGGCCAGGGGCCCCUGCCCCCGGGGCUGGGCCAGGGGCCCCCCAGCCUGCCCAAAACGGGGGGCCCCCCGGGACCUGCUGCUGCUGCUGCUGCUGCUGCUGCUGCUGCUGCUCCUGCUGCUCCUUCCAGAGCAGCACCCGGCAGCUCUAUGGUGCCCCCGGGCCCCCCUCCUGUCUUUACCACUCCAGUGCUGCCGGCGUCAACCCGACUCAUGUAUACGGACGAUGCAGUGCCAGCUUCUGGGGGCUGCCCUCAGUGCGUUUCUGUGGCCGCCUCCACCCGUCUUGCUGCUGCCGUGUCUGCUGCAGCAGCAGCAGCAGCAGCUGCUGCUGCUGCUGCUGAUGUUCGUGCGGUGCUGUUUUGCUGCUGCUACGGCGCCACAGGUCUCUGUCGAAGAGAGACGCGCAGCAGAAAUGCGCCGAUACUGAGGGAGCAGCUGCGGGCGGAGGGAGGGGAGCUGACGCUGCGCUGCAGCUGGGCAGCAGCAGCAGCAGCAGCAGCUGCUGCUGCUGCUGCUGAUGCAGCUGCUGCUGCUGCUGCUGGCCUUUGGGGACUCAUCUGCUACUUAUUGUCGACUUUGUUUGAUGCCAUUCGCGCCUGCGACAAUUGUCUUUGUUGCUUUAGAGACAGCGCGAAGUCAGCCUAUUAUAUUCUUGCUGAGUGCUUGCUGCAGCUGCUGCUGCGACAGUUGCUGCUGCCGCAGCAGCAGCAGCCGCAGCAGCAGCAGCAGCAGCAGCGCUUGGGACGAGCUAGAACUGUUUUGGGCUGUCGCUUCGAGUGCAAGGGAACUAAGACUCUUUUCAUGGCUGUCUUCGGUCACAGCGAGGCCUGUUUGUGCUGCUGCCGCUGCAGUGCUGCUGCUGUUAGUUGCUGCUAG